AUGUUAUACGAAAUAAUUGGCAUUGUCCGCCCAGGCAACCUUGCCGAAGUGAAAGAAGUCGUCCUGACCGCCGGCCAACGAAUCCUCCGCGAGGGCGGCGUGAUCCGCGACAUUGCCAACUGGGGGGUAUUCCUGCUGCCGCGGCCCGUCGGGCUCAACCAGAUCCGGUACCGCCGGGGGCACUACUUUGUCAUGCGCUACGACGCCAGCACGGCGACCCACGAGGCCGUGACGCGCACCAUGCGCGUCGACCCGCGCGUUAUCCGUUCGGGGGGGGUGAAACUGGGCGACGGCAAGCUCGAGACGCUGAGCAAGUUUGGGAAGAUCCAGUGGAGGAAUAUGGAGUGA